AUGGCGUCGACGACUAAGCCUGCUAUCCCGCCGAUGGCGCUGGAUACUAUCACCCAGCACAUUGGAAACACUCCUCUCGUGCGACUGAAUCGCCUGCCUCGCAGCCUGGGUAUCGAUGCCACCGUCUAUGCGAAGCUGGAAUACUUCAAUGCCGGCGGUAGUGUCAAGGAUCGCAUUGCCUUGCGCAUGAUCGAAGAGGCUGAGCGAUCCGGUCGCAUCAAGCCCGGCGACACCCUGAUUGAGCCAACCAGCGGUAACACUGGUAUUGGUCUCGCGCUAGUCGGCGCCGUCAAGGGCUACAAGACCAUCAUCACUCUCCCCGAGAAAAUGUCUGCAGAGAAGGUGUCCGUUCUGCGCGCCUUAAACGCAACCAUCAUUCGAACCCCCAACGAAGCGGCCUACGAUUCCCCCGAGUCUCACAUCGGUGUGGCCAAGCGCCUUCAGAAGGAGCUCCCCAACGCGCAUAUUCUGGACCAGUACGGCAACGAAAACAACCCCAAUGCUCACGAGUUUGGCACCGCGGAGGAGAUCUGGACCCAGACAAAGGGUGAAAUCAAGGCUAUCGUCGCCGGUGCCGGAACCGGUGGCACCAUCACAGGUAUCGCCCGCGGUCUCAAGAAGCACAACCCCAAUGUCGAUGUGAUCGCCGCCGAUCCCCAUGGAUCCAUCUUGGCCUUGCCCGCUUCGCUGAACGAGGCUCAUGUCAAUGAGCCCUACAAGGUCGAGGGUAUCGGUUAUGAUUUCAUUCCCGAGGUCCUGGACCAGAAGGCCGUGGACCGCUGGUACAAGACCGGUGAUAAGGAGUCUUUCCAGUACUCCCGCCGCCUCAUUGCCGAGGAGGGUCUCCUUGUGGGCGGCAGCAGUGGCAGUGCUAUUGCUGCUCUGGUCAAGGCCAACGAGGAGCGCAAGUUCUCCAAGGACGAUGUGGUCGUCGUCGUUCUGCCGGACAGCAUACGCAGCUACCUCACCAAGUUUGCCGAUGAUGAUUGGCUCGCUGCCAACGAUCUCCUGGUCUCGCCCCUCGCCGAGUCCGAGCAGGCUCAGCAGCCUGCUUCCAAAGACCCCUUGGCUGGCGCGAAGGUUAGCGCUCUGCGUCUGAAGCCCAUCACCACAGUUACCGCCAACUUCGCCUGCGAGGGAGCCAUCGAGAUUAUGCGUGAGAAGGGCUUCGAUCAACUCCCCGUUCUCGCUCCCUCCGGCCGCAAGCUCGUCGGUCUGGUCACCCUGGGUAAUGUUCUCAGCCGAAUGACGCAUGGUCGUGCCACGGGCAAGAGCCCCGUUUCCGAUGUCAUGUUCGACUUCUCCAAGAUUCCCGAGGUCGUGACCGACCCCCGUGACCUUGGAGCCACCCCCGCUCAGGCGCCUCGCCAGAAGCGCCGCCAGUUUAUGGAAAUCACCAUGGAGACCCCGUUGAACGUGCUGAACCGCUUUUUCGAGUGGAACAGUGCUGCUGUUGUCACCGAGAAAGACGAGAGUGGUUCUAUGAAGCCCCUGGCUAUUGUGACUAAGGUGGAUCUGCUCACCUGGAUGCUGCACCACGGGAAGACCAACGGUGCCUAA